AUGUCUCAGUCUCAACCAAAGAACCAGCCGGCGACGAGCCAUACAUCUGUUCUCAACGCCAGAAAUGCUUCGAUUCUGGUCGGUAUUCGCGAUGGUGUGACACGAGACUUCCGAUUAGUUCCUAGAAACCAAGCAGUGGUUUCAGUAUUUGACUCCAGCUUCCUUAUUGGUGAUGGAAUCUGGGAAGGCAUUCGUGCCGUUAGGGGUCGCAUCCAAUUUGCCAAGGAACACAUCAACAGGUUGUUCCAAUCCGCGAAGGCCAUGUACAUGGACUUGGGCCUGACUAAGGGAGACCUCUUGUCACUGCUUCAUCAAACCUUAGACGUCAACGACAUGGGCAACGAACCUCACGUUCACAUCCGCCUGGUGGUGAGCAGAGGGCUCAAGUCCACGCCGUACCAGAACCCGCACGUCAACAUCGGCCUGCCACUCAUUGUCAUUAUUCCCGAGAUUAAGAAGGUCGAUCCAGAGGCAAAGUCUCGCGGCUUGCGUCUAGGCACCACCUGGGUCCGUCGUGGGCCGCCAGACGUCAAAGACGAGCAGUGGAACCACAUUUCCAAAGCCACAGACGUUCAAGCUUGCGUGAGCGCCAAUGUCAUGGGCGUCGAUGAGGCUCUGAUGUUGGACUUGAGAGGAUUCGUAAAGACAUGUAAUUCUGUCAAUUUCUUCAUCGUCCGCGGUGACGAGGUGUGGGCACCGACGAAGGACAAUCAGAUGCAGGGCAUCACGCGGCAGAAGACCAUCGAUGUCUGCCGCGCUCAUGGUAUCAAGGUCCGCGAGCUAGAUUUUACUCUGACAGAAGUUUAUGGGUCAGACGAAGCUUUCUGCACAGGAACAUUCCCCUCACAGAUCCAUGUCGUUGAAGUUGACGGGCGGAGGAUUGGUGAUGGGAAGAGAGGGCCCGUUACUGAGGCAAUCCAGAAAUUGUAUGCGGCUGAAGUCGAGCGGGAUGUGUCGAGGGCCAGAGAGCAGAUUUUGGCAGACCUCGAGCAGACUCGAGAUUUGAGUGUCUUGGAAAGCUUGAAGUCUAAGCUUUGA